CGAGGUCGAACAUACUCUCUCUCAACCUGCUAAGAGAAACUGUAGUGCCUUACUGGAUACCCGAGCACUCAGACACACACGCUUGACUCUCGCUAUGGCGUCAACAUACGAAGUGAACAUUGAGGAUGUGGAGCCGCUGUCCCGCACCUACCAGUACCGCAAGGUGAUGAAACCCAUGCUGGAACGCAAGCGGAGGGCCCGCAUCAACAAGUGCCUCGAUGAACUCAAGGACCUGAUGGUAGGAGCCCUUCAGUCUGAGGGCGAGACCAUCACCAAGCUGGAGAAGGCCGAUGUGUUGGAGCUGACAGUUCGUCACCUACGGAAACUGAAGCAACACCACGCCCUCGCCCUGCCCCCUCACAAUCACGCCCACGACAAGUUCCGUGCAGGAUUUACACACUGUGCUAAUGAAGUGUCUCGUUUUGUGACCUCGGUGCCUGGCGUCGACAUCCACGUCUCCACCCGCCUCUUGUCACACCUUGGCAGCUGCAUCAAUCAAAUAGACAAGAUCUCUGUGCCACAGCCCGCCGCGCCCAUCACGCCCGCGGUCACGCCCACCUCCACGCCUCCCAACAUGGUGCCCAUCACAGUGACAGUGCCCCGUGUGUACACUCCACCAGCCAGCCCGGAGAGCAAACCCAGCCCCACCAGCAUGCCCGUCAUGGUUUCUCCUCAGCCCACCGCCGUCAGCCCCAAACCCAGCAGCCCCAGCCAGCAGGUGUCCGCCCCUGGCCGUGUGGGAGUGCCCUCAGGAAGCCCGAUGUGGCGUCCCUGGUAAUGUGGCGGCCCAGAGAGCCCGCCCCCCAGUACCUGAGUGCCUGUGCCCCGUCGCCCGAGUCUCUAUGUCCCCAGCACGAGAGACCCAAGUCUCCUGAUCCUGGCACACAAGAGAGACGCCUCACCUGUUGCGUCUCGCCGCCCCCAGCACCAGAAGUUGGUCUGUACUCCCUGGCACACGCGAGAGACCUGCUGCGUCGCCUACGUCUCGCCGCUUCCAGCACACACGAGAGACCCGAGGCCCGCCUGUUGUCUCGCCGCCCCCAGCACGCACGAGAGACCUGAGGCUGCGUCUCCCUGGCGCACACAAGAGACCCGCGGCCCGCUGCUGCGCACACGCUGCGCUGUGAUAUUCACUGUGAUACUUGUCUUUCAUACAUACAGAGUUAAUACAAUAUUUAUUUUGUUAUUCUUGUUAAUAAAACAGUCCCGAAUGUA